AUGCUCGCCUUUCGAGUGGCCGCUCGCACAUGCGGGCGGACAGUGAGAACCGCAGACCUACCUCGACGGUACCAUGGCCUUGCCAAUAGUAAAUUCUUCAAAGUAUCGGAGGAGGUUCGCGAUGCCGUGGCCACAGGGAGACCUGUGGUGGCCCUUGAAUCAACUAUCUAUACGCACGGAUUCCCCUAUCCGGAAAGUGUCGCAUUGGCAACGCUGUUGGAAUCUGUAGUACGUGCCAAUGGCGGCGUGCCUGCUACCAUCGGAGUUCUCCAUGGCGAAGCCCGGGUUGGCCUCAACGCAGAAGAGCUCAUCGAGUUAGCAUCUACUGCGGAGAAGAAGAACGCCUUGAAAGUAUCCCGGAGGGAUCUGGGGUACAUUUGUGGUCUAGGACUAGCUGGCAAAAGACUACACGGGGGUACAACAGUGUCCGGCACGAUGGUGCUGGCUCAUCUGGCUGGAAUCAAGGUCUUUGGAACGGGAGGCUUAGGAGGCGUACAUCGCGGUGGAGAAAACUCGAUGGACAUCUCUGCUGAUCUCACCGAGCUGGGACGAACGCCAGUGGCAGUUGUCAGCUCUGGGUGUAAGAGCUUCCUGGAUAUCCCGCGUACCCUGGAAUAUCUCGAGACAGAGGGAGUCUGCGUGGGGACCUUUGCAGAUGGCCGUCAAGGGGCCGUGGAUUUUCCCGCCUUCUAUACUCGCGACAGUGGCCUUAGGAGUCCGAAGGUCUUCCAUGAUGAGGCUGAAGCGGCCGCAAUUAUCUGUGAGUGGUACAUCACCGGGAUUGUUGUUUACUCUCGGCGGUAUCUCUGCAUUCUCGGCAAUCAGCGUUUGCCAACACUGUACGAUGAGGCCGCUAACUACAUCACAGACGCACAAACACAAAUCCCCAUCUCAUCCGGUAUUCUCCUUGCCAACCCUGUUUCCCUCGAGCAUUCCAUCGCAAGGAGUGAGAUGGAUGGCAUCAUCGAUGAGGCCAUUCGUCUUGCAGAAGUCGAGGGGCAUCAAGGAAGUGACAAUACGCCAUUCGUGCUGGCAAAGAUCAAGGACCUCAGUGGUGGGAAGAGUGUAAUAGCCAACCGAGCCCUUGUCGAGGCCAAUGUGGAGCGUGCAGCCAAGGUAGCUCUGGAACUCUCGAAACUUGAGCGAUCUAGCGGGCCAUUUAACGAACUACACAUGCCAACUAUCUCCGAGACCACUGGGGCUGACCGAGCAACUGCAGAAGCAGAGCUGGACCUCAAUUCGACCACUGAACAGUUGACAAAGUGUGUUGCCAAGGCGGACAUUAUUGUGGCAGGCUCGCUGGCAAUUGAUUUGUCCUGUGAUUUCAGUCCUACUGAAAGAACAACUUCUCCCGUCUUGGAGACAUCGAAUCGCGCAGUCAUCGGACAAAGCCUUGGAGGUGUUGGCCACAAUGUGGCUGUCGCGGCGAAAUACCUCAACAGCUCUGUUCUCUUCUGCAGUACAGUCGGAGACGAUCUGAGUGGCCGCGCCGCACUGGCUUCCCUCCGCGAUGAGAAUUUGUCCACAGCCGGCAUCCGUGUUCUUCCUGAAUCAUCGGGAGCGCGUACUGCGCAGUAUGUGGCCAUCAACGAUGCAAAGAAGGAUCUCGUUGUCGCUAUGGCUGAUAUGGCCAUUAUGGAAUUGCCCGCGCAAAGCCUAGAUUUCGACGGAUUCUGGGAGCCAUUAAUAUCGCAAACUCAACCACAGUGGGUGGUUGUGGACGCCAAUUGGAGCCCGGAAGUGCUUGCGAAGUGGAUGACAGUUGCAAAGAAGCACGGGGCUCGAACAGCCUUCGAACCCGUCUCGACCGCCAAGAGCCGCCGGUUGUUCGGCCGGCGCUCCGCCGCCGUUAUGCCCUCGGAUUGUGUUCCCAAUAAUACCGUCAGUCUCGCGGCACCUAACCAGAUGGAGCUGACAGAGAUGUACGCCGCUGCGCGGGAUAGUGGUCUUUUCGAGUCUGAAGGCUGGUGGCAUGUUAUUGACGCCAUGGGGAUGUCUGCGUCUGGGUCGCGGGACCGAUUGGUAGCUAUGACCUCGGCCGAGCUUGUGGACCAAGGCAUCCCGCAGCAAAGCAUCCAGCUUCUUCCCUUUAUGCCGUGUAUCAUCACCAAGCUGGGUAGGCAAGGCCUCCUUCUUACACAGCUUCUCCGUCCGGGAGACGCGCGUCUGACCAGUCCGGACACUGCCCCAUAUAUCCUGUCCCGAGCGCCCACCGACCAUGCAGUGAUCGGAGGGGUAUACAUGCGCUUGUUUCCCCCAGCAGCGGUACUUGCGGAAAAAGACAUUGUCAGUGUCAAUGGGGCUGGGGAUACUCUGUUGGGGGCGGUAGUAACGGGUUUGGCUCGCGGCCAUGUGGUAGAAGAGGUGCUGUCUUUGGCGCAGGAAGCCAGUAUUCUGACGCUUCAGUCCCCUGGAGGCGUGAGUCCGGAAAUCCGCAAGCUCAAUUUUCCAUGA